AAUCAUUAGCAAUGCGUGCUACGGUACAAAUCCCACCUGCGACUUCUUCAGCCUUCAAUGCUCGAGUAACUCGAUCAUUCUGUUUACAAACCUGACUGCGGGAAGUAAGGAUGCUAUGAUGUGCCCACCAGACAACCACUGUGGCAAAACACCUGACUGCUGCAGCUACAAGGACACUGAUCCAACGGCAACAUUCACACUGGAGCACACGUACCAAGCUUAUCAAAACUGCUCCGGACGCACCAACUGCUCAUACAUACAGGCGCCUUGGCAGGUCAUCAACACCACCACAGGGGCCCCGUCAUCGUAUGUGCAGCUAGAGUAUGUGUGUGAUAACGUUGUUGACAAGAUGCCAAUGUGUGGAGGAACCUUCAAGAUAACGAACAAUGUCACCAACUCCACCGAUAUCUGGUUCGACGGAUCAACAGAGACCUUUGAUCCAACUAAAGCAAGCAAAGAAUGCAAAUGUUCGCUCACUAAUCUGCAUACACAGACUUCGACAACGCUAAUUCUUGACUGGAUAGACGUGCGUCUGGAGAGCCACUACCGUGACGUCAACGCCUCCUCGGCAAUGUGUUCCAGCGCUAUAUUAACGACCGAGGGAUUCUUUCGGCGUUGCAAGGAAUCAACCGAGCAUUGGAAAGAUAACUUUAUAUAUUAUAACUUAGACCGCCCACAUAACAUCACCUUGUCACCUGGACAGACAACGGAUGUGCUUUUGAGGGAUAUUCACAAGAACGGUGCACGUGACUCACCAGCCAUAAUUUGGUUCAAGGCAAGAGCCUAUCAUGACAUGCUGCUGAAUAUCACAUGCGAAGAAAUUAUACCCGCCGUAUUUACUACAACUACAUCAACAACCACUACAACUUCACCAACAACAACUACCCCACAACCAACAACAACACAACCAACAGCAACAACACAACCAACAACAACACCACAACCAACAACAACUACACCACAACCAACAACCCAAGUUCCGACAACUAAGACCACUGAUGUCUCCGUAGCUGAGAAGAAAGAGGGUGACAAGAUGAAUCCACUGUAUUACCUGGCCAUCUUCGUUCCUAUCGGUGUCGCUCUCACCAUUGUUGUCAUCUUUUUAAUCUGGUGUUACUAUAAAAGGACCAGUCAAAAUGAAAAAAAUAUGAUAACGCUGGUAAUGUGGAGAUUUCGAUAACAGAUGGCACUUCGAUAACAGAGAACAGCAAAAGCCACGCGCGAGAGGAUCUGGAAGACUCUGUCGAAGUAUAGGUGCUUCAAUUGUAUAGCACUUACAUAUACAACAGAGGAAUAUGCCGAAAUUAUGGAGCAUUGUGCCAAAGACAUCAAGUGCCGCGUUAAACCACUCAAAAAGAAUGUUAGUCUAUAUAUUACAUUUAUUUAGAGUAACGUUUUCCCUUCGGUGUGCUACUCUGAUUUUCAAAGUACUUGUUCUUUGAGUGUAAGAUGAUGUAUGCUAUUUUGAAAUGCUCUAUGUUUGUUAUGUAAAUUAUAUGUAUGGGCCGCUCAAGGCGAUAACCGAUUAUCUCUGCGUCACACUAUGCCUACAGUGCCUUACCGGAUCAGCCUGUACAGUAAGAACAGGCCAUUCCGGGGCGCCACCUUCCGUCUAACGGUAUUUUCCGUUUAAGGCAGGUGUGUUAUCAACGAAACUGCAUUGGAAAGUAUCGUUCUGGAUUUGCCUAAGCGGAAUGCACAGGCUGAUCCUGGACGACACUUUAGACAGAUGUCAAUAUUCCCUGUUAUCGCAAGGAAUGGACAAAAAUAUGAUUUAAGUAAGUUGUCCUUUUUUAACAAAAUUAUAAAUCUUUAUAUCUAAAACAACAUUUUGCAUUUGAAACAGAAUUUGAGAGAACAUUAUUAAAGUGUGAGAACAUGGUGAUGAUGAGCAAUUAACCUUUAGUUACAAUGUUGUCUCAAACUAAAUGUAUACAUAUAUUAAAGA